UGUAUGGAAAUAUAACUGACUUCGGGCCGGUUAUGGAGACUGUACGGGAGCUGCCGCCAUGUUCCUCUCAGCGGUCUCCUUUGCCAAGAGCAAGUCAAAAACCAUUCUGGUGAGAAUGAUCAGCCAGGUGGGCACGGGCUUCUCCUUCAACACCAAGAGGAGCCGGCUGCGGGAGAAGCUGACUCUUCUGCAUUACGAUCCAGUGGUGAACAAAAAAGUCCUCUUCGUGGAACAGAAAAAAAUAUGCUCACUCUAAAAAAUGGACUGAAAAUGUACUUGAUUUCUAAAUGAGAAGACUAAGGGUGGGAUACUGAUUCAGAAAUCUGCAGUGUGUAAUAAAGAAGAGGAAAUGGCACAAAAUCGCUGCCUCCUGUGAUUUGAAGGCCAUUGUGAAAGGAAACAACACAGUGAAAGAAAGUUCUUCAUAUUAGGACACAUAUUAUUGCCUCAUAUUUAUUUAUCUUGCUGGAUAUUUUUAUAGCCCUUAAUAAAAAAUGUUAAAAUAAAAAA